AAUGCAGUUCAUUGGUCCGAAUACAUGUUGGAAAGAGGAAGUAUUGAUGUUUAGCUAGCUGGCUGCGCUAAAAAGAAUUAUCGGAUGUCUUGCCUCAUGUCAAGAAUUUAGAAGUCAGUAAAUAAUAGAAAAAACUGGGUACUGGUAGAUCGCAUUUUAAUUGUCUGUGGCUUAAAAACAAAAAAAACUUUUCGAACUUCAUGUUUUUUUUUUCUCCGAAGAGCAAUGGACUGCGAACUGACAAUGCGUGAGAAAGUGAUUGUGGUCUCAUAAAACACUCAGGCUGGUUGGAAAGCCUGCAGAGCAAAGUUUGCCUAGCCAAAUUAGGUAACGGUAACUUGUAAUUUUGAUUUUGUGACAAAAGCAGACGAGUGGAAUUCUGUCACAUUGGCAAUUCGUGAUAAUCUCAAAUGGAAUCGUUUCAAAACGACCGGGCCUCACUGCCUAGGAACAUGAUUGAAAACAGCAUGUUUGAAGAGGAGCCGGACGUGGUGGAUUUAGCCAAAGACACCCCCGUGUACCCCCUGGAUCCCGAAGACGUGGCUUACGAGCCGCGCAGCUCCCGGCUGCUCGUGCGGGGGCUGGGGGAGAACGACCUGGACGAAGAGGAGGAAGACUACGAGUCCUCGGCCCGCCUCCUCGGCAUGUCCUUCAUGAACCGUAGCGCCAACCUCCGCGGCAACACCUCCCCCUACAUCCGCCAGGACCUCUCGGGGUCCUGCUCCAUGCCCUCGGCUCGGACUCUUGUGGUGGGGGUGUUUGUCCUGGUGCUAGUCGCCUCCGUGGCCAUGGUCAUUUACUUUUUGCCCAAGUGCACGUUCACCAAGGAGGGCUGUCACAAGGGCAACGCCACCAUGGAGCUAAUCUACCCCAUCUCCACCAACGGAGAGCUCUUCCCCUGGACCGAGCUGAGGUUGCCAGCCAAAGUCCGGCCCGUCCAUUACGACCUCUUAAUCCACCCCAAUCUGACGGACAUGACAUUCCAGGGUAAGGUUUCCAUCACAGUUGAAAUUGCAGAAGACACCAAGACGGUUGUGCUUCAUGCUGCUGACAUGAAGGUCACCAGGGCCAUGUUUCAAGACAAAGAGAUCAAGAUUCUGGAAUACAAGCCUUGGCAGCAGAUUGCCAUCAAGCUCCCAGAGGACCUUAAGAAGGGAAAAUCAUAUGUUCUUACCCUGGAGUACGAUGCAAACCUCUCAACCAGCUACGAUGGCUUCUACAACAGCUCCUACAAUGACAAGACUGGUGCUACAAGGGUCCUGGCAGCAACGCAGUUUGAGCCUCUCGGUGCCCGGAAGGCUUUCCCGUGCUUCGACGAACCGGCGUUCAAAGCUACUUUCCUAAUUAAGAUAAAGCGAGAUCCUGGAUACAUCAGCCUUUCAAACAUGCCCAGGAACAAAACCACAAAAUUGCCAGAUGGGCUUUUUCAAGACGAAUUUGAAAAAAGUGUGAUAAUGAGCACCUACCUGGUUGCUUUCGUUGUGGCCAACGAAACGCAAUUCACGAGCACCAGCACGAAUGUUUCUGGUACACUGGUGUCUGUGUAUUCGGUUCAAGAGAAGGAUCAGAUCAAGUACGCCUUGGAAACUGGGGCCAAGCUGCUGGAAUUCUACAACAAUUUUUUUGGCAUCAAGUACCCUUUAAACAAAUUAGACCUGGUGGCCAUCCCCGACUUCCUGGCGGGAGCCAUGGAAAACUGGGGGCUGAUCACGUUCCGGGAGACGACUCUGCUCGUCGUGAACGAGUCUUCCAUCCUGGACCGCCAGCUGGUCACAUCCGUAAUCGCCCAUGAGCUGGCGCACCAGUGGUUUGGUAACCUUGUCACCAUGAAGUGGUGGAACGACCUUUGGCUAAACGAAGGCUUCGCGACGUACAUGCAGUACACCUCCAUCAUGAAAGUAUUCCCAGACCUGAAAAUCGGUGACGAGUUCUUGAGCACACGCUUCAGGGCUCAGGCCAGUGACGCGUUAAAUUCGUCGCACCCCGUCUCCACCGCCGUGACCACUCCCGAGCAGGUGGAGGAAAUGUUCGACUCCGUGUCCUAUGAGAAGGGCGCUUCAAUUUUGCACAUGCUGAAUUCAGUACUGUCUGAAGACAAAUUCCGGGAAGGGAUCAUUGCGUAUUUAAAUACGUACAAAAGCAAGAACGCAGGAAGUGAGGACUUAUGGAACAGCCUCUCCCAGGUAGCAGGGCAGUCCUUCGGCGUGGCGGAGAUGAUGAAGACGUGGACGCAGCAGAAGGGCUUUCCCCUGGUCACGGUGCGGAGGAACGGAACUCGCGUGAGGCUGACGCAGGAGCACUUCCUUCUCACGCCGGACCCCACCAACUCCACAGCCACGCCCGUGUCCGACGCGCUGUGGCACAUUCCCCUGACUUACGUCAACGACAGCUGCAGUCUCGACCCGGGGUGCAAGCAAGUGAUGUUCCUCACCGAAAAGACGAUGACUCUGGACAUCCCGGAAGGCGUGGCGUGGCUGAAGUUUAAUUUUAAGAACGAGGGGUUCUACAUCGUGCACUAUGCGGAGGGGUGGAGGGAGCUCACUGACGCCUUAAAGGACAAACCCGCUGUUCUGACGCCAGAAGACCGAGCUUCCCUUAUCAACAACAUCUUCGCCCUGUCCAGACUGGGGAAGGUGUCCUUCAGGCAAGUUAUCAACCUCCUGGGCUAUAUCAGGAAAGAGACGGAAACUGCUCCUGUAAUGGAGGCUCUGCUCCAGCUGGAUCACAUCUACAGGCUUCUGGAGAAAAAACAAGAUUUGCCACUGAUUGCAAGGAUGCAGGUUUUCGUUUUCAACCACUUCGGGGAGUUGAUGGACAGUCAGGUUUGGGAGGAGGGGGCUUCCGUUUCCCAGGAAAACCUGAGGUCGUCCCUCCUGGAGCUGGCGUGCAAUUACAACAGGGAGAACUGCACGGAGAACGCCAAGCGCAUCUUCGACAAGUGGGUGGCCUCCAACAGAACAGAGAGGAUACCCGGUGAUCUCCGGAGGGUAGUGUACUCAGUGGGCGCUCAGACGGAGCCUGGCUGGCUGACCUUGCUGGAGGCCUACAGGUACUCCCGGGUCGAGGCGGAGAAACGCAAGAUCCUGCAAGCGCUGGCCAGCUCGCAGGCCGUGAUGCACAUCGUGUGGUUGAUGAAGGCCACUCUGGAAGGCAGCCUGGUUCAGACGCAGGAGCUCCCGAUAAUCAUCGACACGAUAUGCCGGAACUUUCCUGGUCACUUGUACGCCUGGGACUUCGUCAAGGAGAACUGGGACGAAAUCACUAAGAAGUUUCCCUUGGGGUCAUUUUCCUUGCAAAGGAUCAUAACAUCCACGACCUCCCAGUUUUCCUCGAAGGCGCACCUUUUGGAGGUGCAGAACUUUUUCGGAUCGCUCAAAGAGAAAGGUGCCCAGCUGAGGAGCGUCCGGGAGGCUACGGAGACGAUCAAGUUGAACAUGCGGUGGAUGGACGACAACCGGGAGACGCUGUGGCUCUGGCUAUAGGCCGGUGGUCGGUACGGUCCACACGGUAGCGCCUCAACCAUUUUUUUUUUUUAAAAACAAUUGUUUUAACCCCCUAGCGAUGUCAUCGAGGCAGAGAGGCUGUUUGCACUAUUAGGAGUUCUAGCUAGCUCAGGUCCUCACUUUGUUCGUUUGCGUUCGAGUCGCGUCGGGGCAGAACUCACUGUGAGAUCCCUGCGUCGUCCCGCUGCAGACCAAACCGUAGAUUUUUUUGUAAAGGUGUUACCUUGCCUUGUUACUGUGCCCGUCGCAAAAAUGAGGCACCCCACCCGGACGCGUGAGACGUGAUGUCACCGCGGGAGGCUAAUUCAGAGGUUUCACUCCACAAGUUACAUUCGCCCAGGAAUAAUGGUGCACUCCUAUUGCGUAAUGAUUGUAUUUAAACGAUGGUUUUUACGGAUGUUUAGCCUUUGAAAUGUGCAUAAAUUGUCCUUUAGGACUAUUAAUUUACACUGUGCAAUCUAUGUGAGAGUCGAGGGUUUUGCGAUGCUUGUAAACUUGUAAUUUUAAUGUAUAUCGUUCCUUUAAAGCAGAUCUGCACCUGAACAUCUUCUGCCGUUUUGACAGAUUACAUUCUGUGCUUUCGCUUGAAGGUGUGUGUUCAGUUGUAUAUAUGGCGUGUAAAGAUUUUUGAAGGCUUGCACAUAUGAUUCUUUUUUUUUUUCAUCCUUCAAUGCAAAAGCAAUGGCUGCAAUGUUGGGGGUUUAUGGAAUGUAUGCCAACCUUUCAAGUUGAUUUCGUCACCGUUUUUGGCCGGAAAUCAAUUCCAUGAAAUCAUGGCUCAGAUUUAUUUGGAAUGUCAGUGGUACGGGGAGAGCCAGCUGUAAGCUCUGGCUUCUCUUGUCUUUGUCAGGUGACCACAGCUGUUAUUAUGGAUUCACUGUCCUGCUGGAAGCCUUACUGAUUACCCAAAAGAGUUACAGUCCAUGGUGUUUUUCUGGACAGAUGCAUUAACCAUGCACUGUCAUUUAAAAAAAUAUAAUGAACAGAAACCCCCCAACAAGAUGAGGGAACAUCGAAGGCAUUUCUAACUUUCCAGUUCUGAAAGCGCACAAGAUAUUUUGCUGAGAUGCGCCUCAUCGUGACGGUCCUUUGCGAGAUUUAAAAACUACUUUAACUUUAGCUUUAUAAGAUUAUAUAUUUUUUUAAAUGGUAAGUGGUUUGGUUUUUACACUGUUGGGUUAGCAUUAGUAGAAAGUAUAAUGUUGUGCCCAAAAAUGGCUGUUUAACAGCUGUUGAAUCACAGGUAAACUGUAGGCCCAGAAUUGCUCGUAUAUGAAAGUACAGCUGUUAUCCACUGGCAUCUUUCCAGGGCUCUAUGAGGAGGAACCGGAGGACCCAUAGGCUCAUAUAAAUUCACAUUACAGGUCUAAAUGCUCAAUUACAAAUUUUUGCUCACACCUGAAAAAACCUGCAUGCAUUAACAACAACAAAACAAAAAAAAACAUAAUUUGUGAGACAGUUCGUUAUGGAAACAAACAAAAUGGCGGUGCUAGCAUUGAUCGAGGGCGUGUUCCGAAACACCUUACUUGCUUACUGAGCAUACAAGUUGUAUACAGCUUGUACAGUACAGAUACCCAAUAGCAGGCAAGUUAGCCGUUUUGCACAUGGCCCGAGAUUAUUUGCUGUGGAGGUCGGCUGAAGCUUCAUGAGCUGUUGAGGAUCGGGGCGAGAAGGUGGAGUAAGAGUAAGAGUGAUAAGGAUAGCGAUCGGUACCGAGCAGCCAAGUGUGGCGUUAAAAAAAGCACACGAAUUCCGAUCGUCAGCUCUCGCAGCGGGCGCUUGGUGUCAGGUUGGAUGCGUAUCUAGGACCGCAUCGAACUGGACGUGGCCCAGAUCUCGUGCGGGAAGAUCAGAUUUUUGCCUUCACUCAGCUCAGAAUGAAGUCAGAUCUGUGACGCAUUUUGGCAAAAAAAAUAAAUAGAUAAAAAUAAAAAAUCUGAUUUGGGCCACAGCCUGUAAUCUGAACGUACUGUAGCCAAAUUGGCACCCGAAUACCUCAGUGCUUCAACGUUCACAGGUUGAAUCAUUGUAUCAGUUUAUUGAUAGCUCUCACAAAUUGAGUUGUUAAAAGGUCAUGUUCUACAUUUAAAAAAUGAUUAAAAUGUUUUUCGUUUUCCUAUUUCUUUAGCAAAAGGAUUAUACUUUUCAGUGCUGUUGGAUGCAACUUUCUGGUCUCUUCUGCUCAGAAAUAUUUCUACACAUGGAGCUUUUUAGAUACAUUUUGUUUGUGUAGAAAAAUUGGGCUUUUGCUUUCCGGUUGACAUGUUUUAUUUGUUUUUGGUUUUGUGUUACAGUAUUGUAAUUUUGUAGGCCUUUAAAUCACAUACAACCUAGGCAGGUCUUAUUUUAAUUUGUUUUUCAUUCUGUUACUUUGGUCACUCACCUAUGUGCUGACAUUGCUCUACAGGGAUCGGUAAUCUGCCCUCCAAAUCCAUGUUUUGCUUAAAUGAUUAAAAUGUUUUAAGUGAAGGUUAUUUUGGAAAAUCAUACAAUUAAAUGUGUCUUAUUGUACAGUACAUACCGCAGUGGAGAAGUAAGACUGAAUCGUAAUUGUCCAGUUCUACUUGAUGUAAGAUAAUUAUUGUUCUGUAUCUGAAUUUUUAUUAUAUUUCCCAGUAAUCUCCCUAGAAAAGCUUACACUUGGACUUUUUUUUUUGAGGUUAAAAAGGAGAAUUUGUACUUCACGGCAGUGUUGAAGGACUGUAAAUGCGGCAUUUGUGUUCACUAGGCUUUCUUGAUGCUAAGAUGCUCAGGCCAAACCAAAAAAAUAAAAAAUAAAGAUGAAAAAUAUUUUUAGGA